UCACAUAGUGGUCUUUAGGGGGCGCCUCACAUACUCGCAGCAGAGUAGUGGCAUGCGCAUGUGCAAGCGAGUAUCCUCGAGGUGAAAGUUCGUCUCCAAGAUGGCGGCCCCCUUGGAUGACAUGUUUUCCUUCUGCAUGGAUCCCAGCAAAGUUGCCGGCGCCGUGGAAGUGCGAUUUAUUGACAACGUCAAGGGGAAAGGUCUGUUUGCAAAGAGGGGCAUCAAGAAGGGUGAGGUCAUUUUCAUUGAGCGCCCGCUUGUCUGUGCCCAGUUCCUGUGGAAUGCUUUGUAUAAAUAUAAAGCAUGCGAUUACUGUUUACGAGCCCUGGAGACGGCGGAGGAGAACGCUCGGAGACUGGCAGGCAAUCCAGACCUCAGGCUUCCUUAUCCGGAACUCUGCCCAGUCCGACCACAACUCCACCAAGCCUGCCCUCAGUGUCAGGUGAUUUACUGCAGCGCUGAUUGUCGCCAAGCUGCGGUGGACCAGUACCACCGAGCGCUGUGUCUCGGCCCGUCUCAUGAAGAUCCAGAACACCCCGUCAACAAGCUGAAAGACGCCUGGAGGACCAUGCACUAUCCUCCAGAGACCUCCAGCAUCACGCUUCUGGCCAGAAUGGUCGCAACUGUUAAACAAGCCAAAGACAAAGCACACUGGCAGAAGCUGUUCUCGUACUUCUGCAGCCGCACAGCCAAUGAGGAAGACGAGCUGGCCCACAAGCUCCUGGGGGAGAAAUUCAGGGGUCAGCUGGCGGUGUUACAGAGUCUUUUCAAAGAGGCGCUGUACGAUGAUGAGCUAAGUCGGUGGUUUGUUCCCGAAGGUUUCCGUUCGCUUUUUGCUUUGAUCGGAACUAAUGGACAAGGCAUCGGCACAAGCUCUCUGAGUCAGUGGGUUCAUGCCUGCGAUGCAGUUGAGCUUCCCACCCAGAAGAGAGCGCAGUUGGACUCCUUUAUCGACCAGCUGUACAAAGAUAUUGAGCGAGAAACCGGAGACUUUCUGAACAAUGAAGGCUCGGGACUCUUUUUGCUGCAAAGCUCAUGCAAUCACAGCUGCAUGCCCGAUGCUGAGGCUUCCUUCCCCGACAACAACUUCCUGCUUCACCUCAGUGCCCUUGGUGACAUCGAUCCAGGCCAGGAGAUUUGCAUCAGUUAUUUGGACUGCUGCCAAAGGGACAGAAGCCGUCACAGCAGACACAAAAUUCUGAGGGAGAACUACAUGUUCGUCUGCUCGUGUGUCAAAUGCAUCUCCCAGAUGGACGAGCCGGACGUGACGUCAGAGGAGGAAGAGGACGAUGAAGAAGAAGAAGCAGAGGCCGAAGGUGAAACGGAGGGCCAUGAUAUGGAAGAUGAGAUGACAGACGUGUGAUUAAAAAAAGACCACAUUCUCGUCAUCCUCUUGACGUGCAACCUCAUCUAUCCUCUAGCUCGGUGCGCACAUCAAUAAACAAAACUUUUCACAGUUGCUGUAAGAAAACCUUUCACCUUUUUUGGCUAGGUGGAAUGGAUCAUGGUUAAGGCUCAAAAGUUUGUUUCUUGCAACUUAAAAUCACACAUUGGAGCUCAUAAACAAAAUGGAGGCUCAAUGUAGCUGAACAGUGCUGCCGUUCUUGCUUGGGAAAUAACAACAGAAAAAUCCACUCAUUAUUUUGAGCACUGUGAUGUAUGUGUAUUUGCUGUAUGUUAGAAUGAUGCUAUAAAGGAAUAUGAGGGCCCCACUUGAAAGGAAAAAAAACAUGGCAAUAAAUUUGUGACUACAAUAACAUGUUUACAAUAGUUUGUAUUGUACAAGACGUUAAAAAUUCUUGUUAGAAUACAGUUGUAAUUUUCAGAAACAGUUUUCUGAGAAUU